AUGGAUUUCACAGGACCAAUAACCCUGCCCAAGGGCAUCUUGACCAACUCCAGUACCGUAUACGAUGAAGUAGCGGCCUAUUCCACAUUACCCGCUGACAAGGUGCAUCAAUACUGGCAUGUAUACACCACAACGAACAAAAAGCUCAAGGACCCCACUGCUCGCCGUCUAGAAAAUUUUUGGUGGCAUGUCUGGGGCAGUGACCGGUCCAAGCUUAGUGGCCGUGUUCUUGCCCGAAUCUUCCACGACAUAUCUCUUGGUCCGACCAUCGUUCCGCUAAGAGGGCCUGCUAAUCGCUGGGAAGGGCCAGAUGCCAGUCCCUUGACAAUUGAACUGAUCGUGGCUCACCUGCAAAGAAAUUUCCUCGUCGAGCCGGAAAAUGAUACAGCAUCGGCAACAAAGCAGAAUGGCAAAUGUGUCGGAGCAUCCGCUUUCAGCGGUAUUCGCCCAUCACAACUGCCUCCUAUCCUUAAAAAGAUGGGCAGCUCGUCGAUAAACAUGACCAGGAAUACUGCUCGCUUCGUCUCUCCUCACGAAUCCGCAGAGGAAGAUGGUGUCGAGAGUGAUAUUCCGUCAUCAGGAAGUACAUUAGCAAACGGCUUCGACAUCGCGAGACAAGAAGUUGUUGACACUGAAGCCAAUGUGCGAGGAAGCGCCACGUUCCAGAGAUCACAGUCGCCUGCAGCAGCCCACGAGCCAGCUUUUGCAUCGCCGAAAUCUAAAACGCAGCCUGUCCGUAACCCAGGGAAUUCGCAAGCGCAACAAAUACGAAACGCUGGUCAAUCGCGCGGUGUUAAAGAUACUGCUCGCCAACAGUCAAAUACAACGACAAACAUUGUGGACAGUUUCGCGCAACACGACGUCAAGGAAGCCCCAAAAAUAUCGGCUCGCGAUAAAAUGGUCCGCGGCAAGCAGCCAGUGAUGCGCCGCACUCAGUCAAGCACCAUACCAGAUCGACUGAGGGAGCACUCCACCGCCAAGCCGACACACUCCCUCUUUACUGUGGCGACUUCCUCGACAACCAAUGUAGCUGCUCAGGGGACUAUAAUCGAUCAGGCUGGAAGCGUAGCAAGUUUACCUCAGUUAUCGACCUCAAAUUCUGCCAAAUAUGAAACGAGCUCGCACGGGGGAUCCUCCGCCUCGUCUGUACUAGACGCCCGUCUGACACCCACACAGCCAAGUAGCUCUGCUGUGCUACCCCUGGGGCGCACCAAAAGUCAGCUCACGCUUCUCUUGGAGCGUGAAAAAGAAAGGUCGCGCAGUUAA